CCUCGUUCCCAACACCGUUGGACAGGUCGCGUCUCUCCAAAGCCCUCUAUACGUCGACCACGACUUGCUCUUUUCCAGGCACUUGACGCGGAGAGGACUCGUUUAGGAUGGCUCUUCCCACCCACGGCCGCGUCGUACUCGAGACCACGGCUGGCGACAUCGAGAUCGAGCUCUGGUCGAAGGAGACGCCGAAGGCAUGCCGCAACUUUAUCACUCUGGCGCUCGAGGGAUACUAUGACGGCGUGAUCUUUCAUCGGAUCGUACCCGGCUUCCUGGUCCAGACGGGCGACAAGACAGGAACGGGAGCAGGCGGAGAAUCUAUCUAUGGAGAACCCUUCGAGGACGAAAUCCACCCCCGCCUCCGCUUCGCGCACCGCGGCCUCGUCGCAAUGGCGAACAACGGCACCAAGAACACCAACGACUCCCAGUUCGUCAUCACCCUCGACCGCGCGGAUGAGCUGCACGGGAAGCACACGCUUUUUGGCCGCUGCGUCGGCGACACGGUGUACAACGUCAUGAAGAUUGGAGAGAUGGAAACGGACAAGAACGAGCGACCGCUAUACCCGCCGAAGAUCCGGCGAGUCCGUGUCGUCGACAACCCGUUCGACGACAUUGUCCCCCGCAUCACUGCCGAGGAGAAGCGUGCGCAGCAGAGAGCGAGGGAGCAAGCGCAGCGUGAGCGCGAGGAGGAACAGAAGCGGCGGGGUGCGAAGAAAAACGUCAAGUUGCUCAGCUUCGACGACGAUCCCGGGGAAGAACCGGCAGUGCCGAUUAAGAAGAAGGCGGUGGUGCGACCUGACCUUGUCGACCCCGCACCUGUGGCUCCUAUACCCGACUUCGUCACACAACCGGGGAAGCCAACGAGGGUACUCAAGGCCAAGGAGGAAGAGGUCAAGCGACCCUCGGAAGAGCCUAAGGCGAAGAAGCGGGAUAAAGAAAAGGAUAAAGCGGAAGACAUCGCCUCCAUCCGCGCAAAGCAUGCAGCCGAGCAGAGUGCAUCACAAUCAGCGCGAGCGGCCGAGAUCGCCCGCAUGGAGGCCGAUAUCGCGAAGUUGUCCAAGAAGCGGGAGGGCUACGACUCGGACGACGAGCCCGCGAAGAAGAAGCAGAAGCGCUCCUACCUCUCGGAGGAGCUCGCCAAGUACGCGAAGGGCCGCGGCGUGCACAAGAAGGGCAAGCGGAAGGACGAGAGCGACGUGCUCGCCGCGCUCGACAGCUUCCGCGGGAAGCUGCAGGGCGCGAUGGCGGUGGUCGACGACGAGGGCGAGAAGGGCGGGAGAGAUGCAGGGGUGGGAGGUGUGGGAGUGGGAGGUACGGGAGUGGGAGGUGUGGGGGCAGAGGGCAUGGAAGAGGGCGAGACGCGCCCCGCGGGCGAGGAGCCGGGUGUGGAGGUGGACGACGAUACGGACUUCCUCGGGCAUGAGUUGCGGUUCCCGAAGGACAACGCGGAGGAGGUGGGGAAGGCGGAGAGGGACUACGAGGUCAUUGACCCGCGAGCGCGGGGGGCGCAGGCGAGGGCGGAGGAGAAGGAGCGCAAGGCGCGGUCGAUGAAGGCGCGCGGCGGGGGUGGAGGGCGCCGGCGGUGACGUUGUGGGCAGGAUUACUCGAUCGUACUGAUGUGCUUGCUUUGUAAUCUGACCCCUCUGCUAUGUGCGCAGAGUCUGUAGUCAGUUUGAGAAGUCCUUUAAGUCAUAUUCGGUUUUGGCCUUUCACCUGCAGCG